AUUCCAAAAACUGACCUGGGAAGAGCAAGUGAAACUGGUACCACCCAUGCGAUGAGUACUGAGCCCACUUCAGCUUUUCGAUCUCCUGUAAUUACCUCUUCAACUUCAGUGAAACGCGAACAUCCAAUCGUUGUUCAUCCACAACCAAUUAAGCCUUAUUCACAUCACGAUCCACUUGCAUUGUAUAGUUUUUAUCUGAGUCAAAUGGGUCACGGGCUGAAUUUUCAACAUUUAACGCAAUUAAAUAAAUCAACAACAAUUGCUCGGCCACAACCUAUACAUCCAGCAUCAUUGUUUGGUGCUACUGUUAUAACCAAAAAUCAGUGGGAUGAUGCCAAUGUUCUAAGAAAGGAGCCAUGCAGGUCAGUAUCAGUAUUAAUGAUAAGCAAAUUCAUUUCUCCCGACUCACCUCAAAGUGCUGAAACGUCAUCUUCACGAUCAACCCGUAUCGGGUCGGAUCGAAGCUCGGAUAAAUUUUCUUGGCUUAGUCAUUACAGCGCUGAUGUCAAUGCUAUGGUAAAUAAUUCGAAUUUAAGCAGCCCGUCGCUCCCUUCAGGCAAAUAUUUUCUGACAAAUUCAAAUGGAUCCAAUAUAGCGUAUACAUGGCCAGCGCGACCAACUGAAUUUUCUUCAACACUGGUUGUUGAUUACGGUGUUGAUGAUCCUUUAUUUUGCGCGAUCUGUGGUGAUCGUUCUUCAGGAUUACAUUAUGGAAUCUAUACAUGUGAAGGGUAA